AUGCCUGUUCCGAGUAAAGCUCGGGUCUAUGCGGACGUGAAUUUGAAUCGACCGCAAGAAUAUUGGGACUAUGAAAACUACACUGUCAACUGGGGCGACCAGGAAGACUACCAGAUCGUCCGAAAGCUUGGUCGCGGAAAAUACAGUGAAGUUUUCCAGGGAAUCAACAUAACAAAUAACACGAAUUGCGUCAUAAAAGUGUUGAAACCCGUGAAGAAGAAGAAAAUUAAGAGAGAAAUCAAAAUUUUGGAAAAUCUGCGCGGAAUUGAGAACAUAAUUACACUUCAAGCGGUUGUUAAAGACCCCGUGUCCCGUACACCAGCCUUGAUCUUUGAAUAUGUCGACAACAAGGACUUCAAAGAACUCUACCAGACUUUAACAGACUAUGAUAUCCGUUUCUAUAUGUUUGAGCUUUUGCGCGCUCUGGAUGCAUGUCAUAGUAUGGGCAUUAUGCAUCGAGACGUAAAACCACAUAACGUAAUGAUUGAUCAUUCAAUGCGGAAGCUUAGACUAAUAGACUGGGGUCUCGCCGAAUUUUACCACCCUGGACAAGAAUAUAAUGUCCGCGUCGCAUCGCGGUACUUUAAAGGCCCGGAACUUUUGCUGGACUACCAGACUUACGAUUACUCAUUGGAUCUCUGGUCCCUGGGUUGUAUGUUUGCAAGCAUGAUAUUUAAGAAGGAACCAUUCUUCCAUGGCCACGACAACUAUGAUCAGUUGGUUCGUAUUGCAAAGGUCCUUGGGACAGAUGAACUCUUUGAGUAUAUCAACAAGUAUGGCAUACACCUGGACCCCAGAUUCAACGAUAUUCUCGGCCGUCACUGCAGGAAGCGUUGGGAAAGAUUUAUGUGCGCAGAUUGUCAGCACCUCGUUAGCCCUGAAGCAAUCGACUUGUUGGACAAACUGUUGCGAUAUGAUCACCAGGACCGACUAACUGCUAGAGAGGCCAUGGAACAUCCCUAUUUCUUCCCUGUUGUCGAAGAACACGGAGGAAAGAUUCCGAAAACCAACUUCGGGGAGACAUUCAAACAAAGUAAGAAUGACCAGUAA